AUGGCGCAGGAGAACGCCGCCUUCUCGCCGGGGCCGGAGGAGCCGCCGCGCCGCCGCGGCCGCCAGCGCUACGUGGAGAAGGACGGCAGGUGCAACGUGCAGCAGGGCAACGUGCGCGAGACGUACCGCUACCUGACCGACCUGUUCACCACGCUCGUGGACCUGCAGUGGCGCCUCAGCCUGCUCUUCUUCGUGCUCGCCUACGCGCUCACCUGGCUCUUCUUCGGCGCCAUCUGGUGGCUGAUCGCCUACGGCCGCGGCGACCUGGAGCACCUGGAGGACACGGCGUGGACACCGUGCGUCAACAACCUCAACGGCUUCGUGGCAGCCUUCCUCUUCUCCAUCGAGACGGAGACCACUAUCGGCUACGGGCACCGCGUCAUCACCGACCAGUGCCCCGAGGGCAUCGUGCUGCUGCUGCUGCAGGCCAUCCUGGGUUCCAUGGUGAACGCCUUCAUGGUGGGCUGCAUGUUCGUCAAGAUCUCGCAGCCCAACAAGCGCGCCGCCACGCUCGUCUUCUCCUCGCACGCCGUGGUGUCGCUGCGCGACGGGCGCCUCUGCCUCAUGUUCCGCGUGGGCGACCUGCGCUCCUCGCACAUCGUCGAGGCCUCCAUCCGCGCCAAGCUCAUCCGCUCGCGCCAGACGCUGGAGGGCGAGUUCAUCCCGCUGCACCAGACCGACCUCAGCGUGGGCUUCGACACGGGCGACGACCGCCUCUUCCUCGUCUCGCCGCUUGUCAUCAGCCACGAGAUCGACGCCGCCAGCCCCUUCUGGGAGGCGUCGCGCCGCGCCCUAGAGAGAGACGACUUCGAGAUCGUGGUCAUCCUCGAGGGCAUGGUGGAAGCCACGGGAAUGACAUGCCAAGCUCGGAGCUCCUACCUGGUGGACGAGGUGCUGUGGGGUCACCGCUUCACAUCAGUGCUGACCCUGGAGGACGGCUUCUAUGAGGUGGACUAUGCCAGCUUCCACGAGACCUUCGAGGUGCCCACACCCUCGUGCAGCGCCCGGGAGCUGGCCGAGGCCGCGGCCCGCCUUGACGCUCAUCUCUACUGGUCCAUCCCCAGCCGGCUGGACGAGAAGGUGGAGGAGGAGGGGGCUGGGGAGGGGGCCGGGGAGGAGGCUGGGGCUGACAAGGAGCAGAAUGGCUGCCUGCCACCCCCAGAGAGUGAGUCCAAGGUGUGA